AUAGGAGGAGGAAAAGUGUAAAGUGAUGUUUGGGGCUGGUUCAGUUCCCUCGUUCUGCUUUCCCCUCGAGUAGACCUCUGGCUGUGGGGAGGGAGGCAGUAUGUACACAGCGGGGACGGAAAGCUUCCUGCGCCAGGCCAGGGAGAUCCAGGAUGAUGAACUGAAAAAAUUCACCUCUCGAAUCAAGGGCUACCUCCAAAAUCAAGACUUGGGGACCGAAACUAUUGCUUGCUUGCAAAGGCUCUUCCUUAUUGUCUCAGCCACCAAAUAUGGUCGGAAGUUGGACAACAAAUUUGUGGAACUUCUGCAAGCAGUGCUGCAUUUACCAAAGUCCCCUGAGCAGGUCCAGGUCCUUUGUGCUGCCAUCUUAAGAGAGAUGUCUCCUUGUCACGAUUUAUCUCUGUCUUGGGAUAACAUCCAGGACACCAAGCUCUUGAGUCUAGCAUUCUCCAUUGCGCUAGCCCAAGGCAAUAAAAAGACGGACAUAGAAGCUGUGGGGCAGCGUGUGGUGAAAGUCCUGGAAGGCAGACUUCCUGAAGGUCAGAAUGCCCGGCACCUUCUCCCCCUCCUGUCAAAGGCCAUCAGUCUUGCACCGACGAGCCUCAACGAAGAUCAGAUCAAUCUGCUCAGCAAAAGGAUGGUGGACUGGCUCAGGUACGCCAGUGUCCAGCAAGGAGUUCCCCAAUCCUCAGGAGGCUUCUUCAACCCCAGAGCAAGACAGCCUGGUCCCAUCACAGAAGUGGACGGCACGGCCGCCACCGACUUCUUUACCGUGCUCUCCGUCGGCCAGUACUACACAGAGGACCAGUGGCUCAACAUGCAGGCGUUCUCUAUGCUGCAGAAGUGGCUUCUGUGUUACGGAAGCGAUGGAGCAGCCAGCCCAAAUUCAGAUGACAAGUCGGAGGUGGACGGCUCGAUCGUGUCCAUGGUCUCCGUCACCUCCACCUCCAGUCGUCUGCUUCCUCCGAAGGAGCGCUUGAGGGAGAAGGCCUUUGAGUACUGCCAGCGCCUUAUAGAGCAGAGUAACCGCCGCGCUCUGAAGAAAGUGGACGGGGAGCUGCAAAAAGCUUGCCUCCUCGAAGCCAUCACGGUCAUGGACAUUAUUUGCAGGCAGGACUCCUCCUACGUCUACCGCUCGCUCUCCUGCCUGACCAACUUGCACGGCCGGAUCAGCGGAGACCUUUCCUACGCCAGGGUGCUGCUACCCAUUGCCCAGUUCUUCUUGAAUCACAGCGAGACGGCAGCCGUGGACUCCGAAGCGGUUUACAAGCACCUGUUCACCAAAGUCCCCGCCCAGCUUUUCCACAACCCGAUGCUGGCCUACGAGUUCGUCCAGUUCUGUCGGCGCAACGUUCUGUUCUUCACCGAGAACCUCGGCAUCUUCCGGCAGAACACCCCAAACCUGUUCAAGUUCCUGGCAUGGAACAGCCCGGCCCUCAUCGCCGAGUAUAUGGACCUUUUACCAGCCCUGCUCAGUGCCGACACCGCCGUGGAAAUCUUUCACUUGCUGCUCGACCUGCCUUGCUUAGCGGCUGCUCUGGAGGUCCAGCUGAGGUCCGCCCUGGCUCCCAUGUCUGAGCGGACUGCCUUGGACGCCACCCUGAAGCCGGCCACCUGCCUGGAAGCCCUUCGCCAUCCAGAGUACCGGGGCCUCUUCCAGUACCUCCUCCGUGUCGAGUCUGCUCCCGGAGACCCUGGCAGGCUGACCCCCCUCCGCCGACUCCUGGGGUCCAUGGCCAGCUACCCUCGGGUCGUGCAGUGUGCCGAGAGCGUCCCUGUCUUGCUGCAGCUCUUCUUUGGGGUGGUAGCCGAGUUUGCAGAUGGGGCUCUUGCGAACAAGCUGGUCUUGGCCCUGCUGGAGAGGAGCGACCGACUUUAUGAGCUCCCAGCUUUCAAGGAAGAGGUGUUCAGAGUGAUGAGCUCCCAGCUGCCGUGUCUGUGCAGGCGGCACCCUUCGUUGGUCGCAGAGCUGUCCAAGCCGCUUUUGGAGUUCUCGGGAACGGUCACCAAUAUCCAGAGCAAAGAGGACAUCUUCACCCACGUGGUGUGGGCCGUUGGCGAAUACGUGUCGGUGUCGCACGACAGAAGGUGCACCGUAGAGCAGAUCAACAAGUUCUUCGAAGUGCUGGAAGCCAUGCUCUUCGAGAUCACCCAGCUGCGGCCCUCGGCCAGCGUCCCCAAGUACUCGCCCCGCGUCGUGGCCGUCCUCAUGACCGCACUGACCAAGCUGGCGUCGCGCAGCCAGGACUUGAUCCCAAGGGUUUCCCUGUUCCUGUCCAAGAUGAGGACAUUCGUCCAAAGCCCGGCCGUUUCCUCCAUCUACAGCGCCGAGGAUACGGACGCGAUCCUGACCCGGGCCACCGAGCUGAUGAACUUGCUGAAGAUGCCCAACGUGGCCCAGUUUGUGCUGACCCCCCCGGCCGAGGUCUCCAGCCCCCGCUUUCACCAGGACACACCCGUCUCCCUGCCGCUCGCCAUGAAGACCACCAGCCGGCUGUUGGAAGGGGGCGCCGGCUCUGCUCCUGGCUGAGGUGACGGUGCCAGAGCCCUUUGGGCGGAGCUGGGAUAUGAAGGGCGGGCAUGUCUUCGGGGGUUCUGUUUUGGCCUGGGGGAGGAUAUGGGGUAGGCAGGUUAUCCUAUUGUGUGGGAGAUUCCCUAAGAAGAGAAAUGAUUUGUGGAUGAUACAGAGAAGUAAAAUCGACAACCUCCCUCUCCCAAA